AUGAAUGUGGCCGUCAUGAAUGUUCUGAGGAUUGUACUUCUGGGAAAGGAUGUGUCAGAAAACAGCAGAGUGAGAAACUCAAUUCUGGGAAUAGAUGUGCAUGAGAGUGAUGUGUCUACAGGUUUACAGCAGCACUGCUUGAGAAUCAGUGGAAUAGUGAAGAACAGACGCAAUACAGUCAUUAACACGCUGAAUCCUAACACCUCAGAUCAUCAGAUCACACAGACAGUGAGAGAGUGUGUGUCUCUGUCUGAUCCAGGACCUCAUGUCUUCAUACUCGUACUGCAGUAUAAAGACUUCACUGAGGAGGACAUGACAAGAGUGAAAUAUGUGCUCAACAAAUUCAGUGAAGAGGCGAUUAAACGCACUAUAGUGAUCACAACUGAAGAGAUGCACAAUUUGCACAUGUCAAGUCCAAUUGAAUAUAACACAGCUAUCCAUCAGUUAAUAAAGGAGUGUGGAGGAAGACAUCUGCAGCUUGAAAAAAGAAAACCACAAUGGCAAUCUGAGAUAUUCAGGAAUGUUGAUGAAAUGCUCAAGGGAAACCAGGAAGAAUAUCUCACAUGUGAGACAUAUGAAGAUGUUGCAGAACCAUCAAUGGAUAAAGAGCUGAGCAGAUCUUUAGAUUCAUUCAGAUCAGAGGAAGAAAACAUACAGAUUUCUUAUCACAAAGAUGAUGAAAACCUCAAAGAGAGCAAGAGAAUUGAAGAAAGUCUAAUUGAUAUAAGAGAGUGGAGUCGCUCCAAAUUGUCAGCAAAUUCCUCUAAAAAACGGAAGCUGAAUCUGGUGCUGUGUGGAAGUGAUGGAUCACUUACGGUCUCUGUGUCAAAACUUUUACGUGAUAAAAAGAUAAACCCUUCUCAUCAAAGAGUAAGCAGUGAAGUGUGUGUUAAGAAAGAGAAGAUUCAUGGACGUGUUCUCAGUCUGAUGGAGCUUCCAGUUCUCAGUCGGCUCUCAGAGGAGGAAGUGAUGCGUCAGACUCUCCGCUGUGUGUCUCUCUGUGAUUCUGGAGUUCAUGCUUUCAUCAUCAUUAUUCCUGCUGGAUCUCUUACUGAUGGAGACAAAACAGAAAUAGAGAAGAUCCUAAAGAACUUUUAUUCUAGAGAUCACUUAAUUGUAAUAUUUGUCCAUGAUGGCACUGUUGACGGACCAGUGACAGACUUCAUCAAACAGAGCCCAGAAUUUCAGAAGUUAAUCAGUCGUUCUGGAGGUCAGUACUGUGUGAUGAGUUUAAAAGAGUCUGAAAACUCAAGACAGUUCCCAGAACUACUGGAUUAUAUAGAGAACAUGAAGACUGAACCAUAUUCAGCUCAGAUGUAUGUGAAAGCUCAAAAGAACAGAGUCCGAUGUGAAACAGAGGAGAAAUAUAAAGAAGAGCUGAAGAGAAUGAAGGAUGAAAUCAAAGAGUUAAAGCAGAACAUUCAUUUAGAAGGUGCUGAAGCUGAAACAGAUGAUCAGGAGAGUAUGAGGAUUGUGCUGAUCGGGAGAACAGGAAAUGGAAAGAGUGCAACAGGAAACACUAUUCUGGGAAGAGAAGAAUUUCAGAGCCAAUUAAACACAGAUUCAGUGACGACUGUUUGUGAGAAGGGAGUUGGUGAAGUUGAUGGUCGAUCAGUAGCUGUUGUUGAUACUCCAGGACUGUUUGACACGACACUGACAAAUGAUCAAGUGGUGGAAGAAAUUGUGAAAUGUGUUUCCCUGUCAUCACCUGGACCUCAUGUGUUUGUCAUUGUGUUGAGUUUGGGAAGAAUCACUAAAGAAGAAACAGAUACUGUAGAUCUGAUAAAGAAGAUAUUUGGUCCAAAAUCUGCUCAGUUCAGCAUCGUUCUGUUCACUAGAGGAGAUGAUCUGGGAAAUACAUCAAUACAACAAUAUGUAGAGAAAAGUAAAAAUGCAGAACUCAAGAAACUGAUCAGAGAUUGUGGAAACAGAUUCCUGGCUUUCAAUAACAGAGAAAAACAAGACAGAUCUCAAGUGAUUCAACUGUUAAACAUGAUAGAAGAGUUGAAAAAUACUAAUGAGGGUCGAUACUUCACUAACAGCAUGUUCGAGGAGGCAGAGAUGAGCAUUAAAAAGAGAAUGGAGGAAAUACUGAAAGAGAGAGAGAGAGAGAUUCAGACUCAGAAAGAAGAAUUACAAGCAAAAUAUGAGAUGGAAAAGGAAAACCUGAUGAAGAGACUCGAGGAAGAGAAACAAAGAGCAGAUGAAGAGAGAAAGAAAAUGCAGAAUCAACUGAGAGAAAAAGAGAAAAAUCUCAGAAAAGAGUUUGAAGAGAAAGAAAAAGAAGAACAGAAGAAACAAGAGAUUGAAAAACAAAAACAAUUACAAGAGGAAAAUCAGAAAAAAAAUGAAUAUAAUCAAAAAAUAGAAGAAAUGAAGAGAGAGAUUGAAAAUCAGAGAUCACAGUAUGAAAAACAACAAAGAGAAAGAGAAGAAAAAGAUAGAAUAAGAGAAGAGAAAUACAGACAAGAUCAAGAAAAGAUGAAACAUGAACAAGAACAAAUUAUAGCAGAAUUACGAAUGAAACAAGAAGAAGAGAUAAGAAAGAGAGAAUUGGAGGAGAAAAGGAGGAAUGAAGAAGAAGAGAAGGAGAGACAGAGAUGGGAGAGAAAAAUAAAAGAGGCUGUUAAUGACAGAAAAGAGAUUCAAGAGGAUAUUAAACGACAGCAGAGAGAAUGGGAGGAUGAAAAGAAACGAAAGAUGAGAGAACGAGAGGAAGAGGAAAGAAAGAGAAAAGAGAAACAUGAGGAACAACUGAAAGAA